CCCUCUCUCUCUCUCCGGAUCUCUUUCUCUUUCACUUUUGCAUGCCCUGCAACCUUUUAAAAUGUUGCCCCUUUCCUGUGAUUCGUCAGAUGCAGCAGCAUGUGCCCCCUCUCUCUCUCCCGCUCCCUCUCUCUCCCUUUUUGUCUCUCUCUCCCUCUCCCUCUCCCCCAUCUCUGAUUAGAUACACUGAUUCUUCAUUCAAUGGACGUCAUUUAGAACAGGCUCUGCCUUGAGUUGCCUUCGCGCUUCACGCUCGAUUUCCAGCCAUUCUUCCCUUAUUAAGUGUUCGUGUAAUAUUAAUAGUCAUGAAUAUCUGCUAUUAGGAGUCUCCAGGAAGGCAGCAGAUCUGUUAUUAGGAGCUCAAGUGAAGCAGCAGCUAAGUCAAAGGAGAAAAAGAAAGAAAGAGUCAGAGGAAAAAAAAAAAAGGAUUAAGAAACAAACACACACGCUAAAAAAAAAAAAAAAAAAAAAAAAGGAAAGGAAAAAAGCGCAAAACAAACAAACAAAAAACCAAAACAAAAAAGAAAAAAAGCAGCCAACUUUGACUCCUCACACCGCGCCAGGAUAGAGAGCUCGCCUUGGGAACACCCGAUGAAGGGCAGCAGAGAUCGGUGCAAGUUCUGAUGGAUUAUCGUGGCGCGCCCGCGGUGCAGGAGCAGCCCCGGCGCCCCGGUCCCGCCGCCCGCGCCUAGCGCCGGGCUCCGGCCGCCCUCCCUCCGCGCCCGCGCCGCGCCCGCACCCGCGGGGCUCCGCCGGGGGCUGCGCGCUUCGCCGGUCCCUUUCCUCUGGCUUUUUGUUAUUUUUUCUACCUUGACUUGUUACCCCCGACUCUUCGCAGAUGUUAGUGCACAGUUUUUCGGCUAUGGAGCGCCACGACAGUACCAGCAACGGGACAGCCCGGCUACCCCAGUUGGGGACCGUGGGUCAGUCUCCUUACACCAGCGCCCCACCGCUCUCCCACACCCCCAACGCCGACUUCCAGCCCCCUUACUUCCCCCCCCCUUACCAGCCCAUCUACCCCCAGUCUCAGGACCCCUACUCCCACGUGAACGACCCGUACAGCCUCAACCCCCUCCAUGCCCAGCCGCAGCCCCAGCACCCAGGAUGGCCGGGACAGAGGCAGAGCCAGGAGACGGGGCUGCUCCACACGCACCGGGGUUUGCCCCACCAGCUCUCGGGGCUCGACCCACGCAGGGACUACCGGCGGCACGACGACCUGCUGCACGCCCCGCACGGGCUGGGCUCGGGGCUGGCCGACCUGCCCCUGCACUCCAUCCCCCACGCCAUCGAGGACGUGCCGCACGUAGAAGACCCCGGUAUUAACAUCCCAGAUCAAACUGUAAUUAAGAAAGGCCCCGUGUCCCUCUCCAAGUCUAACAACAACGCCGUCUCCUCCAUCCCCAUCAACAAGGACGCGCUCUUCGGCGGGGUGGUGAACCCCAACGAGGUCUUCUGCUCGGUGCCGGGCCGCCUCUCGCUGCUCAGCUCCACCUCCAAGUACAAGGUCACGGUGGCGGAAGUGCAGAGACGCCUGUCGCCGCCCGAGUGCCUCAACGCCUCCCUGCUGGGCGGAGUGCUCCGGAGGGCAAAGUCUAAAAACGGAGGAAGAUCUCUGAGGGAGAAACUGGACAAAAUAGGACUAAACCUGCCAGCCGGGAGACGUAAAGCUGCUAACGUUACCUUGCUCACAUCACUCGUGGAGGGAGAAGCAGUACAUCUAGCUAGAGAUUUUGGGUACGUUUGUGAGACAGAAUUUCCUGCCAAAGCAGUAGCUGAAUUUCUCAACCGACAACAUUCCGAUCCAAACGAGCAAGUCACAAGAAAAAACAUGCUUCUAGCUACAAAACAGAUCUGUAAAGAGUUCACCGACCUGCUGGCUCAGGACCGAUCUCCCCUGGGGAACUCGCGGCCCAACCCCAUUUUGGAGCCGGGCAUCCAGAGCUGCCUGACCCACUUCAACCUCAUCUCGCACGGCUUUGGGAGCCCGGCGGUGUGUGCUGCCGUCACCGCCCUGCAGAACUAUCUCACCGAGGCGCUCAAGGCCAUGGACAAAAUGUACCUCAGCAACAACCCCAACAGCCACACAGACAACAGCACCAAAAGCGGCGACAAAGAGGAGAAGCACCGAAAGUGAGGAUCCCCCCCACACACACUCCUCUCCCUUCCCCCUCAUUGCCCAUCGAUCCAUUCAUCUCCCUCCUCCCUCUCCCCGGCACCCAGCACCCGAGGCUACAGCAACAGAAUGAGCGUCCUUCUGCCAGUCCUGUUCUCUGACUCUGCAGGACUGCUCUGCCCUCUCUCCACACCCCUUCCCAGCAUCCACAUUUCCAUUUGCUCCCACCUAAAUUCCCCCCUCUUCCCACUGCCACCAUCGUUUUACCCCAGUUUGGAGCCUAAGAGAACAGAACAGGGGGACGGAGCCAGCAAAGAAAAAAGUUCUGUGUUGAGUUUGUGAACUUUUUUUUAAAUAAAACAAAAGGAGAAAAAAACCAACAAAAAA